AUGAGCUUCAAUGACGUCUUAAAACUAAACACGCUGUAUAACUGCACAUCUGUGGUCACAUUCCUAGAGACAUGCAGCUUUGAGGACAACCAGGAGUGUGGUAUGACCCUCUGUGCCAGUGGCAGUGCCAGCUGGGAGAGAGUGGGCAGUGUCCAAGAGGGGCCAACCUCAGACCACACCAAGCUGGGUCCUUUAAGGGAUACUGAUCCAGUGUCUGUGGAUAACAGUACCACGUUUCAAAAUGAGACUGCCCCUACUUCUGCUACUAACAUGUCAACCACUGAGAGGGAUGGUGGCUUCUUCAUGCACUACAGUACAGCUACUGGUAAAGAGGGAGACAGGGCCACAAUGGAGAGCGUGAGGAAGACACCACGGAGGCAGUUUCAAUGCCUGCAGUUCUUUUACUACUACAGUGGGGGCGACCAGGACCUACUCAACAUCUGGAUCAGAGAGUAUGAUGAUGACGACAACCCCAAAGGAACUCCCCGACUCAUGGGCCAGAUAACAGGUGAUGAUGUCAUCUAG